CUCCUCAGCACCAGCUUCAAGAGGUGAGCGGUGGGUUGAGUGUCAGACACACAGGCAGCGGAGGAGGCAGCAGCAGCAGCAGGAACAGGAGCCCUUAGGGAAAACCAGAGGCCAGGACCAUGGAAGACCAGCGCGACCUCAUCUCUAACCAUGAGCAGCUGCCCAUACUGGGCCAGCGCCCCCAAGCCCCAGAGAGCAAGUGCAGCCGUGGCGCCCUCUACACGGGCUUCUCUGUCCUGGUGGCUCUGCUCCUGGCAGGACAGGCCACCACCGCCUACUUCCUGUACCAGCAGCAGGGCCGGCUGGACAAGCUGACGGUCACUGCCCAGAACCUGCAGCUGGAGAACCUGCGCAUGAAGCUUCCCAAACCGGCCAUGCCUAUGAGCAAGAUGCGGAUGGCUACCCCCCUGCUGAUGCGGGCGCUGCCCAUGGAAGCCCUGCCCCACGGGCCCAUGCAGAAUGCCACCAAGUAUGGCAACAUGCCCCAGGACUACGUCAUGCAUAUGCUCUUGAGGACUGACCCCCUAAAAGUGUACCCGCAGCUGAAGGGCACCUUACCGGAGAACCUGAAGCACCUUAAGAACACCAUGGAUGGCCUGGACUGGAAGGCCUUUGAGAACUGGAUGCAUCAGUGGCUCUUGUUUGAAAUGAGCAAGAACUCUGUGGAGGAGAAGCCCACUGAGGCUCCAACAAAAGCACUGACCAAAUGCCAGGAAGAGGUCAGCCGCAUCCCUGCCAUCCACCCGGGCGUGUACAGGCCCAAGUGCGACGAGAACGGCAACUAUUUGCCACUCCAGUGCUAUGGGAGCACCGGCUACUGCUGGUGCGUCUUCCCCAACGGCACCGAGGUCCCCCACACCAGGAGCCGUGGGCACCAUAACUGCAGUGAGCCACUGGAACUGGAGGACCUGUCCUCUGGAGUGGACAUGACCAAACAGGGUGUGGGUGAAGUCCUCAUUUGAGAACAGCAGAGCAGCUUCUGAAACCAGCCACCCCUACCUGGCCACAGCUUUCUUGCUACCCCUGCGUCCCUCAGUCCGAGCCCCUCUCCCCUUUCCCUUGUGUCCCUCUGUCUCCCACCCUGAACCUCAUCCCAUCAGAGACCCUGGUGCCUGGAUCUCCAUCAUCAUUGGACAUCACAAAUCAAGUCAGAACAGCACAGACCACCGACGCAGGAGGGCGUAUGACAGCCACGCAGGAGGGCGUCUGACAGCCAUGCUAUCCAAUCCCCACCCACCAAGGGGCCUAGACCCGAGGUGGCCAAAAGCUAGUCUAA